AUGUCACACUUUGAGUGCAGGAUCAGACGCAGCAUCACCAUCACACCUGUGCAGUUCAUACAGACAGAUUUGCUCCCUGCGGACACCUCGAUCUCCUUCCACGUCCAUCUACCACAAAGCUCAGACCCUCUACCACUCGCUCUGUGGUCCUCUCUCUGUCAUCCCACCACGUCUGCAGAGUGGGUGCCAGCUCCCUCCCCCAGGGGUGGGAGUGAGGAGCUGGGGGACGGACUCGACAAACCCCUAGAGAAUGAUGCCGAGGGUGUGUGGAGCCCUGACAUCGAGCAGAGCUUCCAGGAGGCCCUGGCCAUCUACCCACCCUGUGGCCGUAGGAAGAUCAUCCUCUCAGAUGAGGGCAAGAUGUACGGAAGAAAUGAGUUGAUUGCACGAUACAUCAAACUUCGCACAGGGAAAACGCGGACCAGGAAGCAGGUGUCUAGUCAUAUCCAGGUUCUAGCUCGACGGAAGGCCAGGGAGAUCCAGGUGAAGCUGAAGGAUCAGGCUGCCAAAGACAAGGCCCUCCAGAGCAUGGCCACCAUGUCAUCAGCCCAGAUCAUAUCGCCCACAGCCUUCCAGAACAAGAUGGCUCUCCAGGGCCUGUCUCGGCCAGCUUACCCCACUAGUGGUGGGUUUUGGCACGGGGCACUUCCAGCACAGCCAGGAAGCCAUGAAGACAUUAAGCCCUUUUCCCAACAGAGCUAUGCCAUGCAAGCGUCUGGCCCUGCCCCGAUAACAGUUUAUGAUAACACACAGGGGCUGUCCAUGUCUCCUGGUGCCCCCCCUUGGCAGGGUCGAAGUAUUGCCAGCUCCAAGCUGCGAAUGCUGGAGUUCUCCGCCUUCCUAGAGCAACCUCAAGACCCGGAGACUUUCAACAAGCACCUGUUUGUGCAUAUCGGCCAGUCCAAUCCGAGCUACAGCGACCCCUAUCUGGAGUCGGUGGACAUCAGGCAGAUCUAUGACAAGUUCCCAGAGAAGAAAGGGGGCCUGAAAGAGCUGUUUGACAAGGGGCCACCCAACGCUUUCUUUCUCGUCAAGUUCUGGGCGGACCUUAGUGUAAACCUGCAGGAUGACAGCAGCUUCUUUUAUGGUGUGUCCAGCCAGUACGAGAGCUCUGAGAACAUGAUUAUCACCUCAUCCACCAAGGUCUGUUCCUUUGGCAAACAGGUGGUGGAGAAAGUUGAGACGGAGUACGCGCGUUUCGAAAAUGGACGCUAUGUGUUUCGGAUCCACCGCUCUCCGUUGUGCGAAUACAUGAUCAACUUUAUCCACAAGCUUAAACACCUGCCGGAGAAGUACAUGAUGAACAGCGUACUGGAAAACUUCACUAUCUUACAGGUGGUGACUAACAGGGACACACUGGAGACCCUGCUGUGCAUAGCCUACGUCUUCGAGGUGUCCACUAGCGAGCACGGAGCGCAGCAUCAUAUUUACAGGCUAGUCAAAGACUGACACGGCCUCUCACUCUGAACUUACCAGUUCUAGACCCAUUGUAGCACACCGGUGAGCAACAACACUAAACAAUAGACUACUUCCUCUACAAGAUGAAUUCAUACGAGGCGGUCGGGAGCCUGGAGAAGCACAGGCUGUGACGGUUUGUGCAGGAACACAACUACUGCUGAACAAGAGUUAGAUUUGGGACUGUGGAAGUUGAAACUGGCUGUGUGUGAAGAGGAGGACCACUGUGUACACUGUGGUUUCUAUGCCAAAGGAGCCAAACAUAGCUAAGAAGACCUGCAUGAGAGAGUUGUAAUUGGUGGUGUUUUUUUCCAUCUCAUUUUUACUAGCGCUUGUUUUUAAUUUAGAUUCUUUUACACACAUGCAUGUGCAGGGGAUGUUUGUGACAGAGAAGUCUGGCUGCCUCAGGGUGCCAUCUAGUGACUUAAAUAUAAAUAUAUAUAAAAAUGGGAAAAAUAAUAAAAGUAUACUGAGAAUCCCUUAUUUGCACAUCCGAAAGAAAAAAAAUCACUGUUUUUUUGUGCCAAUGUUUUGCGAUUAUGUACAGUGCCACAACCUUCUCUUAACAGAGUUACGUUGACAGGUGGCUAAAACGAUUUAAAAGAACUUGUAUUCACUUUGUUUGAUGUUGAAUGUUGAAUGUCUUACUGUUUUUUGAUUGAAAACUGUCUGACUGCAACAAAAGGCACAUAAUAACACUGCUAACUUGAACCAGAUUUGGACUUGUAAGCCGAUUAUCGAAGUUGUCUGCAUCUGUAACUUGCCCUGAGGUGUCACAUGAAAAUACAAGUGUUUCUUACAUAA